GACGCCACCAAUUAUCAAUAUGGAAUGAAGAACAUGAGGAUUAAGAGAAAUGGCUUCAGCUAACGAAGAUACAGUUAGCGAUUCAUUUGAACAAUGGUUGAAUUUACAACUAAGUAAGUUGAACACAGAUCAAGAGGUGUUUGGAUCAUAUAUUAAAGGGAUCCUCGAAGGCGAAGAAACUGAAGAUGAAAAACGCGAUGCACUAGAAGGCAUUUUAACGGAAGUAACUGAAAAUAAAAUUUCAGAGCUUUGCACAGAAAUAAUGAAUAAAUGGACUUGUAUGCAUCAAGUUAGUGGAAAUAAUGCAAAGCAAGAAAAAAGAGAAGAUGUUGACACAAGAUUGGCCAAAAUUAUGGAAAAGCAAGCACAAUCUGUGUCAUCAGGAAGAAAUCUCAGUGUUGAUGAAAAGAAAGUGCGGGAGGCCAUAUUAGCUCAUUACUCUCAAGUAUCAGAUGGAGAAGGAAGUGGCACAGAAGAUCCUGGAGGAUGUGAAGGAGGGGCUGCUGCAGUUGGAACCAUUUCUGCAACUGUGUGUGAUUCAUUUCUGGUUAAAAAUGUGAAUGCUGAAACAGUGCUGCAAAGCGAGCGUGAAAAACGUGAUAAAAACAAAGCAGAAGUUGAAAAGAAAAAAGCACAAGACAAACAAAACAAAGAGAAACAAAAACAACAGCAGCAAGAACGGAAAGAUAAAGAGAAGAAAAGAACUCAGAAAGGUGAACGCAGGCGGUAGCAUUUUGUUUCAAAGUAAUUAGGUUUUGAAUAAUUUGAGAUAUGAUAAAUUUCUUGUAGUUAUCCUAAUUUUAUUCAGUUAUGUCUACAGUGGAAAUUGUUUGUAUGGUUUAUUUAGUGAUUGCCAUUUUCAUACGUAGAAGUUGCUCUUGCUUUACCUUUCCCAGUUAAAAAGGGAAAUUACUAAUAUCUUUGAACAUGCAGUACUACUUAUUGAAAUCAGGGUUUUCAGUGGUAUCUAAUGAUAUGCCCAAUUUUUUUUAACACUCAGUGGUAUUAUAUGGCAAAAAAAUUUGUUUUCAAUAAAUACCUUGUUGUACUUAAUAGCAGUAUUAUUCUUUUUUUAAAAACAGUCAGUCAGCUCACAUACUAGAUUAAUUCAUCAUUUCUUUUUUAAGCAAAUACAUAAUGGUACUUACAAAAUUAAAUUGUUUUUCUUUUCUUAAAACAAAUGCCUAGUGCUUGAAAUAAACACCUAUCAGUAUUUCUAAUAUUUUUUAAUAUUAUUUAACAAAUACCUUAAUAAGAUCUUAUGGCCAGGGCUUCUGAUUGGGAAAUUAGUGCAAAAAGUAAGUAAUAAAACGCUAGUUUUCAGUUCAAUCUAAAAUUACAUAUUAAAAAUAUCAAAAUUUUUCUGUCACUGUUUUUAUGAUAAACCAGGAGUAUGGUAAUAUUUGAACUUCUGAAUUUGAUUGGCAGGUAUUAAAUAGUAGUAACAAUGUUUAGCUUGAAUUUUGUUAAUGAAAUUUGAAAGUUCAGCUUACAGUGCCUCUGGGGCACACACUUGUGCAAUUAGUGAGAUCAACACUUCCCUCAGAAAAAGUCUGAUGUGUAAAGUUGGUAAAAAGUGAAAAGACACAGUUUUAACUCUCAAAUAUUCACAAGAAAAAUGUUUCUGUACAUCUUCCUUCACGAUGUACAACUAUUAUUGUUGCAGAGAGUGAUCCACCAAAGUUUUGGUUGAGUAAAAUGAAAGACUGAAGAAAGAUGUGUUAAUAACAAAACUUUUGUUUGCUCUGAAAUCCCAGUGAUAAUAAAAGAUGUUUAAAGAGUUGUAA